GGUUUGCCAGUGAAGCCGAUCUGUUAGAAUAUUUACGUCGAUCUGACAAUGAUUACGGGUACGGGUCUUACUAUGAUGUCACAGGAAUCGUAUUUGACCCGUCUCAUUCCUACAACUCCGUUCUCCCAGAUGCUAUAUCCUACUCCCUGCGUAUGAGUGGAGAGUGGAAAACUGAAGAAAAAUUCGCUGAUAAAUCUUUUAACCCUGGACCUGCAUGGGAGUAUCAAUACACGGGCCGAGGCUUCUUAGGAAUCAAACAUGCUAUAGAUGCUGCGAUAAUCAAGUAUUUCAAUUCCUCCGUCAAUCUGAUGGAUAUCAAUACACAGCGAAUGCCCUACCCGCCAUAUCUGGAGAACACGAUGGGACAGUUUAUCAGGAUAUCUGUUUCUACAACAACCGUCCUGGGCCUUAUUCUGUCGGCCUUACAGCUAACGAAAGAAAUCGUGUAUGACAGAGAAAAGAAGCUGAAGGAAACCAUGAGGAUGAUGGGACUGAGUUCCUUUGUUUACUGGUUCUCCUGGUUUUUUAAAGGAUUUAUCUAUCUGAUCAUCACCUUCGCCAUCACUGUUCUCAUCUUUCAGGCUGGACCCAACAAGAUGUUCCAAUUCUCGGACUCCUCUUUACUUUUCUUCUUCUAUCUGUCCUACGCAGUCUCUGUCGUGUCCUACUGCUUUUUGUUCAGCACAUUUUUUAACAAAGCGAAUACAGCAUCGUAUUUUGCUGGGUUUUUCUUCUUUGCUACAAUAAUUCCAAACUUUGCCUUGGAUUCGAAGUACGAAGAUAUGACGCGGUCUCAGAAGAUGGCGAUAUGCUUAAUAAACAACAUGGCUAUGGCGUUUGGUUUUACAUCGGUAUCAGAAUAUGAAGUGACAGGUAAAGGAGUUAAGUGGAAUACCUUCACAAAACCACCAACAGUCGAUGGGAAUUUUUCCUUCGGUGACGCCAUCUUGAUGCUCUGGGUAGAUAGUGCCAUCUAUCUUUUGAUCACGUGGUACAUAGACGGUGUCAGACCUGGAGAAUACGGAGUUCCGCAACCAUUUUAUUUUCCAUUUACGGUUUGAUUGCAAUUUAUUCGUGGUGUUUGUUGUUGAGAGGGAAAAGGAAAAAUAGGGUUGC